GAAGAGGGAAGUUCAUAACAUCAUGCAAGGUUAAGUUCUCUAGGCUCAUCUCUAGGAUCGGGAGCAGCGUCUGAAGGGGCUGGAAGGCCGAGCCGAGGAGGGCGGGGAGACGUUACGUUGACGCUGGCGUGACCCAGCCCGAGAAUUUGGCGGGAUCUCCGAAAGUUGCAGUGCUCCGCGCGCGCCGUGGCCUGAAACCGAGGUCUGAGGAGAGCGGAGACGCACCCGGAGGGACGCAGUUGGGAGCUGAGUUUCGCCUGGGUUGUGUGCAGAAGGCCGGAACAAGGGAGUAGAGAAGUGGGCAGGAAGCGAAGGGGUCUGGAGUCCGUCCCGGCCGGGCGCGGACCGAGCCAGCGGACAGAAGUCGGGGCGCGCAGCCAGUGGGAGCGAGGAGCGCUGCGUACCAGGUAUUGAAUGCUGAGUAAUGGCUAUGCAAAUGCAGCUUGAAGCAAAUGCAGAUACUUCAGUGGAAGAAGAGAGCUUUGGCCCACAACCUAUAUCUCGAUUAGAGCAAUGUGGCAUAAAUGCCAAUGAUGUGAAGAAAUUGGAAGAAGCUGGAUUCCAUACUGUGGAGGCUGUUGCCUAUGCACCAAAAAAGGAACUAAUAAAUAUUAAGGGGAUUAGUGAAGCCAAAGCUGAUAAAAUUCUGACUGAGGCAGCCAAGUUAGUUCCAAUGGGUUUCACUACUGCAACUGAGUUCCACCAAAGGCGAUCAGAGAUCAUACAGAUUACUACCGGCUCCAAAGAACUUGACAAACUACUUCAAGGAGGAAUUGAGACUGGAUCAAUUACAGAGAUGUUUGGAGAAUUCCGAACUGGGAAGACUCAGAUCUGUCAUACAUUGGCUGUAACAUGCCAGCUUCCCAUUGACCGAGGUGGAGGAGAAGGAAAGGCCAUGUACAUUGACACUGAAGGUACUUUUAGGCCAGAAAGGCUGCUAGCAGUGGCUGAGAGAUAUGGUCUCUCCGGCAGUGAUGUCCUGGAUAAUGUAGCAUAUGCUCGAGGGUUCAACACAGACCACCAGACCCAGCUCCUUUAUCAAGCAUCAGCCAUGAUGGUAGAAUCUAGGUAUGCACUGUAUGUAGACAGUGCCACUGCCCUCUACAGAACCGACUAUUCGGGUCGAGGGGAACUUUCAGCCAGGCAGAUGCACCUGGCCAGGUUUCUGCGGAUGCUUCUGCGACUUGCUGAUGAGUUUGGUGUAGCAGUGGUGAUCACCAACCAGGUGGUAGCCCAGGUGGAUGGAGCAGCCAUGUUUGCUGCAGAUCCUAAAAAACCUAUUGGAGGAAAUAUCAUUGCUCAUGCCUCAACAACCAGACUGUAUCUGAGGAAAGGAAGAGGGGAAACCAGAAUCUGCAAAAUCUACGAUUCUCCCUGUCUUCCUGAAGCUGAAGCUAUGUUUGCCAUCAAUGCAGAUGGAGUGGGAGAUGCCAAAAGACUGAUUCAUUGGGGCUUUUCCUGUGAUAAAGCUUAAGUGCUACAUACAGCCUAAUGGAGAGGACUGCUCCCUGGGUCUUCUUCACAGGCCUCUUCCUGUUUUCCUGCCAGAAAAAGGCUUCUGGAAAAACACCUAUUCUAUCAGCUUUUCUGAUGGUGUAAACAGGAGACAGGUCAGUAGUCACAAACUGAUCUGAAAUGUUUAUUCUGUCUGGAGUUAUUAAUGUCUAUGUGAAUUAUUUGGGGGGAAGUAAGGAAGAUGUUUGACAUCGUGCCUUAGGGUUGACUCAGAACAGAUGUUCCCCUGGCCAAUCUUUAGUUCCCUUGAAGACAAAAGCUGGUGAGACUGGACUCUUCUCUAUCUAACAAUGUUGAAAUGCCUGGGUGGCAAAGGAA